AUGGAGAGUCCACACGAGCAUCAACAGAGCCAACUGCUCUCUCGCAUCAUUGUUAAUGUGGAGAAACUGAAUGAGGCAAUCAUGAUGUUGAACAAGAACCUCCAGGAAAUCAACAUUCAAAACAUGGAUACGGAGUUGGUCGCCCAGAUGUUCAAAAAUUAUCAGUCUAAUGUGCUGUUCCACCUCGAAGCUACAAACGGUCUGAAGGACCCGGCGUGA